AUGGGUUCAACCGCUAGACUCACCGAGAAUGAUGUUACAAUAACAGGUUUCGAAGUCAUUGAUUUGAGAUUCCCUACAAGUCUAGAUGGCGUCGGCUCAGAUGCUAUGCAUGUGGGAACAAACGGGUCACACCCUUACAUCCGAUUGAAGACCAACCAGGAUGAUCUGAUAGGAGAAGGAAUUGCAUUUAGCAAUGGAAGAGGAAGUGAAUUGAUUUGUAUGACACUUGAAAUUUUCGCGAAAAGAGUUGUCGGGAAGUCCAUGCACGUCUUGACCCGGAAUAUGGGUAAAACCUGGAGAUAUAUGGUAUCUGAUUCGCAAUACCGAUGGGUUGGACCCGAAAAGAGUAUUACACAUCUUGCCGUGGCAGGUGUUUUGAAUGCUGUUUGGGAUCUUUGGGGUAAAAUCCUUGCCAAACCCGUGUGGAAAAUCGUUUGUGAUAUGAGACCGGAACAAGUUGUGAAUUGUAUCGACUUCCGAUAUAUCACUGACGCGAUUACACCGGAAGAAAGUAUUGAGCUUCUAAAGCGGACACAAAAAGACAAGAAUUCUCGCUUGCAGGAGGCAUUGGAGAACACCGCUGUUCCUGCUUAUACUACAUCCGCUGGCUGGCUAGCAUUCUCGGGCGACAAAAUGCGGAAAGUGUUGAAGGAAACAAUUGAAGCUGGAUAUGACACUUUCAAGUUCAAGGUCGGGACAAACAUUGAAUCGGAUAGAGAAAGACUUUCAGCUGUCAGAGAUGUACUAGGAUACGACAAAGGUUACCAAAUUAUGAUUGAUGCGAAUCAAGUUUGGAGUGUGCCGGAGGCCAUCGAGUAUAUGAAGCACCUGGUCGAAUUCAAACCCGUCUUUAUCGAGGAACCUACAAAUCCCGAUGAUGUACUUGGUCAUGCCACAAUCAGAAAGGCUCUGAAACCUUACGGAGUUGGCGUGGCGACAGGCGAAGCGGCCCAGAACCGCGUUACAUUUAAGCAGCUUCUUCAAGCAGAAGCCACAGAUGUUUGCCAAAUUGAUGCAGUGCGACUUGGUAGUGUCAAUGAGUGUUUGGCUGUUAUGAUUAUGGCACUGAAGUUCAAUGUCCCAUGUGUUCCUCAUAAUGGAGCAAUGGGACUAACAGAACUGACCUCUCAUUUGAGCACCAUUGACUAUGUUGCAAUUAGUGGACGAAAAUCAAUGCUAGAAUUUGCUGAUAGCCACCGGGAAAGCUUGCGCCAUCCUUCAAAGAUCGAAAAUGCACACUAUGUUACGCCCCUCGACCCAGGGUAUUCGACGGGUUAUACCGAUGAGGCCUUGGAAAAGUACACCUACCCAAGAGGAAGCUUCUGGGCGAGUGACAUUGGAUUGAAAAUCAUUGAUCAACCUACUGGUGGUGAGCUGUAG